AUGGCGGAGAAAAAAAGAAAUAUUUUGUCCAUAGAGCAGCGCUUAAAUAUUAUAGAGAGGUUGAAGGCUGGAGAACGUCCUCAAUCAUUAGCUGAGGAGUAUAAAAUUUCCAAACAAGCAGUAUCGUGGAUUAAAAAAAAUGAGAAUAAUAUUACUCAAACAAAGGAAGUUUUGAAAUCCUGUAACGGUAAUAUUAAUAAGAAACGUUAUAAGAAGCAAGAAGAGAGUAUAUUGGAUCAAAAAUUGAUGAAAUGGUUUAGUCAGCAAAGAACCAUGGGUCGACCAGUGUCAGGUACUAUUCUUAAAAAGCAAGCUUUAUUAUAUAAUAAACGUUUGAAUGGUAGUGAGAAUUUCACAGCAAGUGACGGGUGGCUUGCUAGGUUUAAGAAGAGGUACGGAUUAAAAAACAAACAUAUUCAUGGCGAAAAAUUAUCGGCAGAUUUAGAAGGUAGUAUAAGUCUUGACUGUAUUUAUAAUUGUGAUGAAACUGGACUUUAUUGGAAAAUGAUGCCAAACAGUACAUUAGUUCAAAGGAUAGAAAAGAAAGCUGAAGGAUUUAAGAAACCAAAGAAUCGACUGACCGUAAUGGCAUGUACAAAUGCUUCUGGCACGCUCUGCUUGUUAUCGGGAAAUCAGCACAACCACGCUGCUUAA